ACGUCAUCAAAAAUUGCGAAAAAACGUCAAGCACAAGAGAUUUUCAUCAAAACAAUGGCAGACUUCGACACUAUAUACGAAGAAACAGAUGAUGAUAGUAACGCUGGCGAGUAUAUGAUCCCAGUCCCAGAUCCAAUAAUAAUCAGAGGAGCUGGUUAAUAUAACAAUGUGACAUUAUUUGGCUUGAGUAACAGAUUUAAUGUAGAAUUUCCAUCAACUUUAACAGGAAAGGUUGCACCAGAAGAGUUUAAGGAAACUGUUUUACGUAUUAACAGUACACUAAAGAAAGCACUACCUGUCAAUAUAAAGUGGUUAUUGUGUGGUUGUAUAUGUUGUUGUUGUACACUAGGCUGCUCUCUCUGGCCGGUUGUCUGCUUAAAUAAAAGGACCAGACAUUCUAUAGAGAAAGUUUUAGACUGGGAAAAUAGUCACCUAUACCAUAAGCUUGGCCUACAUUGGAGGUUAUCUAAACAAAGAUGUGAUAGUAGUAGUAUGAUGGAAUAUGUUUUAAUUGUAGAAUAUAUACCAAAAGUGUCGAUAUUUCGUCCAGACUGACAUCAGUAUGUGCAGAGGUUAUGGAUUAUAUUGUCUCAGUAACUGAAAUAUCAAACAGAUGACAGUGAUACCUAGAUAUAAAAAUAUAACAUGUACAGUGUGGAUUGGGGCGGCUAGAAUAGAAACACUGGUGCUUUCUUCAACUUUCAUACAGUAAACAAUGUGUAAUCUCACAACUUUCACUUUUAUAUUUGAGCAGCGUCACAACAAAACCAACAUAGUGCGUUUGCGACCAGCAUGGAUCCAGACCAGCCUGCGCAUCCAUACAGUCUGAUCUGGUGCCAUGAUGUUUGCUAUCAGUAUCUCUACUUGUUAUAGGGUUUGUAAGCAAACAGCAUGAAUCCUGAUCAGACUGCAUGGAUGCAUGCUGGUCGCAAACGCACUAUGUUGGUUUUGUCAUGGCGCGGCUCAUUUAUACAUCAGGGUAUUGGACAGUUUCUUACAAUUUAUUGAUAAAUGAUUGCACAUCACCUUGAGUUUCAUCUUAUCAUGAAAUAAAUAACACUGCUUAAAAUGUUAUAAUAUAAUGUUGAUAUUUUAACAGCCUCAUCUAAAGCAUAUUGUCUAAAG